AUGGCUGGUAGAACGACGUUCUUGAGGGAGUAUAAGCUUGUCGUUGUCGGUGGUGGUGGUGUUGGAAAGUCUGCUUUGACUAUUCAGUUUAUUCAAAGUCACUUCGUGGACGAGUAUGAUCCUACUAUCGAAGAUUCAUACCGGAAACAAUGCGUAAUCGACGACGAGGUGGCUUUACUCGACGUCCUCGAUACUGCCGGUCAGGAAGAAUAUGGUGCCAUGCGCGAACAGUAUAUGCGUACCGGCGAAGGCUUCCUUCUUGUCUAUUCUAUCACCUCGCGCAAUUCAUUUGAGGAAAUUAGCACGUUCCAUCAACAAAUCCUGAGAGUGAAGGAUCAGGAUACAUUCCCAGUCGUUGUGGUGGCCAACAAGUGUGAUCUGGAAUAUGAGAGACAGGUCGGGAUGAACGAGGGACGAGACCUUGCAAGGCAUUUCGGCUGCAAAUUCGUCGAGACCUCCGCCAAGGUCAGAAUCAACGUCGACCAGGCCUUCCAGGAUCUCGUCCGCGAGAUUCGGAAGUAUAAUAAGGAACAACAAACUACUGGCCGAAUGAUGACUGGAGGGGGAGGAGGAGGUCCCCCAGGCACAUACGCAGGCAAAGAUCCAAACGACGAAGGCGCCGGCGGUUGUUGUGGUGGUUGUGUUGUGUUGUGA